AUGCUCACCAAAGUCCUUUUGGUACGCACUGCUGCCUUCGCCAGCAACGGAACUAGGAGAGGCCGCUCUUCAUCCCCCACUGUCUGUUCAUCAGACAUAGGUGUACCAAAUAAGUCCCUUCUUGCUUGCCAGCACUCUCACAUCGUUGGCUCCUCUAAUGAAUCUAUAAACCAAGCAGCUCUUGCUCAACCGAGGUAA